AUGGAUCUGAGAUUAUUUAUCUGCUUGAUGAUUCUGCCGUUUUCUGGCUUCUGCAUCGAAUGUUACACGGUUAUUUUUAAAUUCAAAUAAACUCCUAAUAAUCGUUAGUAAGGAAGAAAACUGAUCGGCUGGGGAAAUAGUUGAGAAAAUUUUUUUUUUCAGCUCGUGUAUGACCGUUUUCAUAGAUUUCCAUGCAUUUUCUGAUUGAAUCACAGAAAAGGAAAAAAAAAGUCAGAAAUUUUUUAAAAAGUAUUGAUUGCGCUCUAGCUUAUAGCCAUCUCAAAUAGCAAAAAUACGACUUUAAUAUCAUAGGCAAAGUCGAAAAGGGUGGAAAAGGCUCCAUAGAAGUUUUCCUUUUAGGGUGGCAGAAGCCCCCUUUUUGCUGCCUUUUUGCGCCAUUUUUGUUGCCUCUCCGUUUUUCCAUCAUUUCUCGAACCUUUAAAAUUCCGAAAAAGUGGAAGGCUCAAUGAAGGGACUCUUUUUGCUGCCUGUUUUCUUGUUUUUGCACUUUUAUCGUAUCGGGACCAAUUUUCGAAACUUUUCUAUAUAGGGGUCAGUCCAAAUUUUGAAGUUUUCCAAUAAACUUGCGGAGAAUGAACAAAACUUGUUAUUUGAUUGAAAUAAGUUUGGUUAGGUGAUUGGUAAUCAAAUUAUAUCGAUCAUUUCUCUGUAUGAAGUUGUUUUGGAGGGCCUCAAGUUGCUGUCGGGAACGUCGGUAGGCACGGCGACGAUCCGAUGCGACAAUUCAGCCGCCUACUGCUACAACAUCUCGGCGACUGCCAACGCCUUCCUCGACGUCACCAAAGCCGGCUGCAGCAUGUGGCGAUGCAUGGUCUCCGUCUUUAUCUCUUUGACGUCACUCCUCUGUUGCAGUUCGCCCAGAACAAGUGUAUCUCGACGACUUUCCAGAAGAUUCCUAUCUCCCUUUGCUGCUGCAACAGUAACCUGUGCAACGUCGGGGAGAACAAUAACAGCUUCCAGUGAGUCUGAAGCAUUUCACGAAAGAGACUUGUUCGCAAAAUCUACAAGGAUUUUCAGACAACAGAAAAUCGGUGGGUUGAACGCGCAGCCGGAAGCACACGAAGGCCUCUCACGCGAAGAAGUUAGUCUUUUUUCAAGUCAAAACAUUUCUUACUAAAUGUGAAGUUGAUGCGGCUUGUUUCUUUUCUCCUUUGUUCUUUUUUUUGAAUUUCGAAUCUCGUCCCCGGAAUGCUCUUUGUUCUGCCUGUACUUCGUUUUCAUGGUGCUACAGCAGAAAGUAUCGAAUUUCAAUAUGCUAAAUAAAAACGAACUCAUCAAUGUCGGAACUUUAAUAUGUUAAAGUUUUUAAACCUUACUGAGAGUUUAGGUAGAGCGACGAUUCGAAGAAGACGUCGACAAUGACGUCACGACGCCAACGACGAGGCCUUCGCGAUUUUCCCCAACAGAGCCGACUCAACCUAUCGAAUGGACUCGAACAUGA